AAUCUGCGCGCUUAAGAGGCGUGUUUAGAUCAUGUCAGGUUGUGAGUGGCGAAUCACCACUUUUAAUAAUAGUCUGUAGGCGUGUCAUUAUCAACGACCAGAUUAUCCACUGAUACGUCUCAUGUCAUGUUAAUUUCAUCAUGUCUGCUGAUAGAGCAACAUCCGAUUCCGACAACGUGCAAAGUGCUCAUCCACAAUUAGAACCGAAAAGAAAAGCAACAUCAGUGGUGUGGAAUUAUUUCACCAGGGAUGAUGUCGAUCAGCGUGUUAUACUGUGUAAACUGUGUCGAUCAACUGUUUCUGCACCAUCAAGCAACACCACAAAUUUAUACAACCAUUUAAAAUUCAACCACAGAGUGCAAUACGAGGAGUGUCUCAGCGUAAAAAAAAAAGCGCCAAGUGAUGCGAGAACUGCAACACAGACACCCAUCACGAAAUCUUUGUUUAAUGCUACUCCGUACCCGGCAGGUUCCCAAAAGCAGAUCGAGAUAACUGAAGCGAUCGCGCAUUUCAUUGCAAAAGACAUGGUGCCGAUUAAUACAGUUAGCAGCGCGGGGUUUAAAAAACUCAUAAACACACUGGACAAGAGAUACGUCAUCCCCUCCCGCAAUUAUUUUUCUCAAGUUGCGCUGCCUUCACUUUAUUCAAAAUGCCGGGAAAGCAUUGAAUCAGAUCUGCAGAAAAUUGAGUUCUAUUCCACCACGACUGAUUUAUGGUCGAGUAGAACUAUGGAACCAUAUAUGAGCCUUACGGUUCAUUACAUUGAUGACGAGUUUCAACUCAAAACCAGAUGCUUGCAAACGUCCUAUUUUCAGCAAGAUCAUACCGGGGAUGCGAUUGCUCAAGGAUUGAAAGAGAUGCUGGGUGCCUGGGAUUUAAAGGAGGAGCAACAAGUCUGUGUCACAACAGACAACGCAGCAAAUAUAGUGAACGCUAUUGCUAUCAAUAAGUGGAGCAGACUUCAGUGUUUUGGACACAGGCUGCACCUAGCAAUUGAACAUUCUUUGAAAGAUGGACGGAUUGACCGUGCACUAAAUGUCUGCAAAAAGGUGGUAGGGUGCUUCUCCUAUAGCUGGAGACGAAGGAGGGAGUUGUCCGAGGCCCAGAAAGAGCUCAAGUUACCUCAACACAAGCUCAAGACUGAGUGUCCGACAAGAUGGGGCUCAAAACAAGCAAUGAUCGCCAGGGUAUUGGAACAACAGAGUGCCAUUUCUUUUGUUCUCUCCGCGGACAGAAAAGCCAGACACCUUGUCCCCACAUGGCAGGAUGUAGAGGUCCUUGAGGCGGUCAACAACUCCCUUUCUCCACUUGCUGAAUUCACGGAUGCUCUUUCAGGAGAGCAAUAUGUAAGUGUGUCAUAUGUGAAGCCUGUUCUUCAUUUGUUCAACAAUAAAAUCUUGGCAGAGAAAGAGGGAGAAACAGAACUGUCAAAAUGCAUCAAGAAAAAGAUCCUGGACUACCUGAAUAAUAAGUAUGAUGAUCCACUGACUCAAGAAUUGCUUGACAUGGCUUCUGCAAUUGAUCCCAGAUUCAAGCUCAAGUACGUCAAUGAGAACAGAGUUGAAGCUGUCAAGACUCGUUUGAGAGCUGAAAUGGCAUCAAUAUCUACUACAGUCAAGGUAAUUAUCAUAGGCUGUGUGUGCCAUUUAUAUUUUGUUUGGGCCAUUCUCAGUAUUAAUUUAAAAUUACUAAAUAGUCCUUACUAUACUAGUACAUGACAUUAUAUUUGAUGAGUUAAACAAAAUUUUUGCCUUUGUUUAAUUAAAAGCCUCAACCAUCAGUGACUGUUAGAGAGGAUGCAGAUGACCAAAAUGCUCCAGCACUAAAGAAGACCAAAAAAACACUGGGCAGCUUCUUUAAAGUAGAUGAGGACCAGAGGCCAGCAUCGCCAUCUCUCAAUCUCCAAGACAUGGCCAUUACUGCAGAGCUACAGUCUUAUUUUCUAUCUGCUGCUGUUGAUAGUGAGGAGGAUCCUUUGGUCUGGUGGAAGGAACAUGCAAAACAAUUCCCAGCACUAUCCAAGUUGGCACAAAAGUAUUUGUGCAUUCCUGCCACAAGCUCUCCCUCGGAAAGAGUUUUCAGCACUGGAGGAAACAUUGUGAAUUGUUUGCGUGCAUCCCUAAAGCCUGAAAGUGUGGACAGGCUUGUGUUCCUAGCCAAAAAUCUUUAAAAGUCUAACUUGAUGUCGUUCAUUCCUGAAACCUUGAAGUGUUUUUAUGUCUUGUGUUCUAGGCCAAAAUACUUCAUAUGGCAAACUCAGUUUUUUUCUUUCUACAGGUUAUCUUGAGUUUUUCUAUUGUUUUAAUUUUAGUUUUACUAUAAUACCAUGCAUACUAUUGCAUAUUUGCACUUUUUUUUUUAUUUAAAGAAACCAAACCAAUGUAGAAAAGCAAUAAAAGUUUUUCAGGAAGAGUGUUUUCAGCUUGGUUUU